AUGGCCGUGGCUGUGGCGACGAUUCCAAAGCAGCGCAGGAGCGUGGCCUUCGCAGAGGAGCCGAGCAGCCCUCCUCCGAGGCUUUCGGAGUCGGAGCUCCUACACCGAAUGACACAGAAUCAUGAGAGCAUGGUGCGGGGGAGAGCACUGGCGAAUUCAGAAACCAUUGCCCCCUUUGCAGAGGAGUGUCAGAAGAGGCUGGAGAGUCUCCAUGGGUGGGAGAGUCACGGCAUCGACUUUAAGCAAGAAGCCACGGAGGAGGUUAAGGUGGAAGAACGCUUUCUGUUGCCAACGAGCUCCAGCCAAUUCCCAGUGACAGUCCUGGAUGGCGUCCUUAGAAAGGAGAUGUGCGAGACAUUCAUAAGUAUCCAUGAGAAGGUGGGCUUUGCUCGUCCACCUUCACUCCUUGUUCAUCUAGCGGAAAAGAACAAACUGGAGGAAGAAGAUGAAGAAAAUGUCCUGUUGAAGCUCGCUUACGAGCAAGCCAAGAACACUUCCGAGCUUGUCCAAAUUGAGUCUGUGGACUUUGCAGACUACCUCUGGAAAAAGCUGGAGCAUUUCCUUCCCGACGAGCACCGCCACAUCGGGAACUUCACCAGUGGAGUUUACGAAAAAUGCGGAAUCGUUCCAGUCUUUCGGUUCAUGAGGUAUCAGAAAGACCAGGGCUUCAAGCCCCACAAGGAUCCCGAACGUGCAUACGCAGAAUAUCCCCUCAGAUCUAGCGCUGCAGCUGCACAUGGUGAGUCGGGAAUCUACAAGUCCUUUUUUACGAUCGCCCUGUAUUUGAAUGACCCUGCAGAGUUUGAAGGUGGCAAACUCAAUUUUGUCCAGAUCCACGUGAAUGAUGUGGGCGACAAGACAUACGAGUCCCAAGCCACGGUCAAUCCCGCCGUAGGACGCUGCGUUCUGUUUGCACACAACGAGCUGCACGAAGGUGGCGGGGUGCAAUCCGGAACCAAGUACAUGUGCCAGUGCGAUGUCCUGUACAAGCGUGUGAGGGCUCUUCCCUGA